AUGUCGACAGUACCGGAAUAUAGUGGAUGGGGUGCCAAACAGGGCAGUAAAGUACGUUCAUGGAAGAAUCGGUAUUUCAUUCUCUCUGGACGUGAAUUGGUUUAUUAUUCCGGGGCUAAAAGCGACGGUAGCGGUGCUGGUGUUGGUGAAAAAGGUCGUCUUCGAGUACUCAAUGUGGAUUAUUCACCCGACCGGAAAAACGGGUUAUUGAUAUAUGGAGAAAACAAAAAGCUCAAGAUGACAACGGCAAGUGCACAGGAAAGUCGACUGCUUUUCUGUAAAAUUAAAGAAGCUAUUGGAGAGCACGAGAAAAGCUUCCGAUUAUCCCAAACGAGGUCUGUGGAUGAAAAGAUGGAGCUGUCAAUGGCACGAAAAGAAGUUGAAAAUCAAACGAUAGAGACGCUAGAUGAUACGGAAUUGGUGGCUCGAAAGUAUUCGACAGCAGUGUGUGAUGGUUGGGUGGAAAAACUUGGACAACGUAACAAGGUCUGGAAGAAGCGGUAUAUGUCAUUGGUAAAUGGAAUGCUGGAGUAUCGUAAGGGACCCAUGAAGCAGCUGUCAGGGGAGGUAAAUGUGACAGAUGUUAGAUACAGCAGGGAAUACUCUGGUGCAUUAGAAAUUGGCUUUGGCUCAGAAACAUUGCUCAGUGAUAGCGAUAUCAUCUGCAUACGUACUGAGUCGAUUCGCGACUUGAACAAUUGGAUGUGUGCACUAUGUGACGCGGUAGGAAAACCACGACUGCAUUCAGAUGAAGUGAUUUCCGAACCGCCAUCGCUGUCGCCGACCCAAAAUCGACAAAGCAAGCCACAGCUACCGCCAUUCCCACGAAAUGUAUCGCUGUAUCAAGACAAUGACAAGUCUAGAGCAAUUUCAGGCAGCACACAAACGUCAAUUCCUUCCGAUGUUUUCGAUCGCUUCUCCGACAAACAAGUUGCUGCAGUUGGUAAUCGCAUUAAACGGGGAUGGUUGUACGAACAAGGAAGCAACAUGUCAUCAUGGAUGCUGCGGUACUUCGUUCUCAGCGGAAAUACUCUCCAUCACUACAAACAUGUUAACACGACGUCAAUGACUCUUGGAAAUGUGGUCAGCGUUACUCGUAGUAAUGAGGGGUCACUGGGUGUCCAUUUUGAUGAUGGAAGCACUCUCAACGUUUACGGCGAAACGAAAGCUGACACUGAGUCGUGGUAUGCUGCUCUUUGCAAGGAAUCGUGGAAUUCAGCAGAGGACCCACUGAAGAGGGGAUCGGUUUCGAAGGAACAAGAAGAAGAAGAAGAAGAUCUUGAAGAGGACAAUGGUUUUGGCGGAUGGCUGCUGAAAAAAGGACAACAUUUCAAAACUUGGAAACGUCGGUAUUUUGUGCUCGAACGCAGUCGUCUCGCGUACAGUGCGGCUGCUGGAAGUGAAGUUUUGGGCUCCGGUGUGGUAUUUGAAGUAAACGUGGGCGAUCUUCGUCCUUUUUGUCUCAAUGUUCGGUUUCAGAAUGGCCGAUUACUUCACGUCGUGGCACCAACUCAAGAAGCAUUCUCCAAGUGGUUUGACUUGCUUCGUAAAGCGUCCAACUUGGUCGAGUCGUUUUUAUUGCAAGGUAAUGGCGAAGUAAUCAUCGGUGAAGAAUUUGAUAACGACAUAGUUGAGAAUGUGAAUGACGUGGAUGUGGAGUUCACCGCUGAGGAUGUUUUUGAGUACGACAUGUCUCUACGUGACGGUGAGGGGGCUUCCUUGUGGAUUGCAGCCAUGCAAAAUAAACCUGAAUACGACGCAUUGAGCUCAUCAUCGUCUGAGCAAUAUGAUGAAAACGUUGUGGAAGCUGAAAUUGUUGUACGCGCGAGUGAAGCGUCCUCAAGAACCCUCAGUGAGUCACAAGCCUGUGUAGGGUGGUUAAAGAAGGAAGGUGGAAAUAUCAAGAGCUGGAAACAGCGAUACUUUACGCUCCACGGCUCGACGCUGAGCUAUUACAAAAGCGAAAAGGGAUCUCUUUUGCGAUCUGUCAAUGUUGUGGAUGUUGCUGUGCAUCCAUUGAUCUCCCAAGGACUUACACUAUCUACUGUUGGUGGUCGAAAGCUGAUUAUUCAGGCUGAAUCCAAUGAGGAUUACAAUAGGUGGUUCAACUCGAUUCAAGGAGCUGUGUCAGAAGAGAACGACAAAAUGGCAGCAGGAGUGGCAGCACCGAUGAUGAAUACUAUCAUGAAAAACGGAUCGUCUGUGGAAUUAGAAGGCGUGGUUAGUCACAGUGGAUGGUUGCUGAAGGAAGGCCAACGGUUUAAGACGUGGAAAAAGCGCUUCUUUACCUUGAAAAAGAGUGCUUUGAUCUACUACAGUGAGAUUGGCGGUGUGGCACGUGGACAUGGCAUGGUGAAAGGUGUUUACAAGGAUGAGAUCAAGCCUAAUACCCUAGUGAUCACGUUUCAUAGUGACAAGAUCAUGCGUGUGACAGCAGCAAGUGAAGUGGAGAUAAAGUCGUGGUUUCAAGUCUUUUCACAAAUUCAUUCUUCUUUGAGCAGCAAGACGCUCUCGAAUGUGAAUGAUGAUGUUGUUGACUCGGAAGGAGAAGGUGACGAUGGAGAAAGUGGAGUAUUGAGGAAUCGAUUUGACUCGAAGGAGUAUCUUAACGAUGCCAUUAGUAACGAUACAUUAAUGCGGCUCCACGAUGAGGAAGGAAAAGCGACGUUCUUUGAAUCACAAAACUGUACGAUCAGUACUUCUCGUUCGUUUAAAGGCGAGCUUUUAUUUGAUGAAGAAGAAGAGAAGGAAGACAUGAGUCUUACUAUCAUAAGUGCAGAAUAUUGUCGUCAAUUACUUGUUGAAGAUGAACGAGUCCAAGAAAAGCGUUUAGCAGAAAAGAUGGCGACUACCGAACCACCAAUUACUGGAUGUACUCCAUCAUGCUGUAUUCUAAUGUAG